UGCUUUAUUCAGAUUUAACUGAUCUCUUAGGCAUGCCUUCAUGCUCAGACCUUUUAAACAGAAAUUGAGAUAAACAUAUAUCUGUAGCAAAUAUGCAAGGGGAAACUGAAAGCCUAGUUAAUAACAGUUUACUUACAGAGCUACUUGAUCUGCCUAGUUCUUGCGCUUGGUUUGACCCUACUAAAAUUCAUAACAUUGAAAUGGAGUCUCUACCCGAAUUUUUCAACGGCCUUUCCGAGUCAAAAACUCCCGAAAUUUAUCAGACCUAUCGCAACUUUAUUAUCAAUGCCUACCGCCUCAGUCCACAAAACUACUUGACGCCCACCUCUUGCAGACGUUGUCUCGCAGGCGAUGUAUGUUCAAUAUUGAGGGUUCACAGCUUUCUGGAGAGGUGGGAGAUUAUCAACAACCGCGUAAGUGAGGAUUCCCGGCCUGCCGUGGUGGGCCCCCCCUGCACCUCCCACUUUGCUGUUAGUGCCGACACACCGAGGGGCCUCAACAAAUUAACGGGGCCUGCUGUAGACGACAUAAGCUAUAGGCAGGAAAAGGUGGCCUCUAGGGCUAAACCAAAGUUCAUUAAGGAUUUAUUGCGCGCUCGACUUGAUAUAUACAAUACGGAGACUAUCUUACGGUGUAAAUUUUGUGAGAGAAGUUUCUCUGUAAGGGAAAUGUUUCGAAGUCAAAAUUUAGCUGUAGAUGUUUGCCGGACUUGUCAUGAAUCAGGCGACUUCGCCAAUCAGGACUUCCGGCCUCUGGCCCUCGAGGAAAGAGCCUCUGACUGGAGCGACAGCGAAGUCCUAAGACUGUUAGAAGGCAUCGAAAUGUUCGGAGACGACUGGAACAAAGUGGCCGACCACGUGGACACUCGCAACCGGGACGAGUGCAUUUCUUAUUUUAUUCGUCUACCAAUACAAGAGAGCUUCGAAGAGGAAAAGCAGAGAAACGGCUUUCUGACUUAUUUCCCGAAAGCUUGGCAGGGUGACAACGCCAUAUCUUCCAUAAUCUCUCAAUUAGCAUCGCUGGCGGAUCCUGCCAUCGUUGAGGCUGCCAUAAAAGAAACUCUUGAACUCUAUAGCGAAAAGAAAGGGGACGAGGCCUCACUUCAGGAGAGUGCAAGUUGCGCCACUACAGAGGCAGGAUCCGCGGGACUGGACGAGAAAAAACGGUCGUACGAACGCUUGGCUGCCUCCUGUCUUGGCGCAGUGGCCGUUAAAGCGCAGAUGAUCGAAGAAAGAGAAUACGAAAGUUUGCAACGGGCUAUAACUCAACUCGUACACGUGCAACUGAAGAAAUUGAUUCUAAAGCUGAGCCUUAUAGACAAGCUGGAGUCUGUAAUGGAGGGAGAACUUGUUAAACUCGCUGCGCAGAAGCAACAACUCGUAGGAGAGCGCUUCUUAUUGAACAGAGAAAAGGAAAGCGCGAUGCAGAGUAACAGCGUGCCUGACUGGAAAUAGCUUAAAAGAAAAGUAUUGUGGAUCAUGAAAUUCCGGCUUGACUCGGUAGUUUGGGUUCACGACGA